AUGCAUAACGUUGAGAUCUUCAAUUUAUCAGAUGAGAAUGGGCUUAUUAUGAUAUUCCAUCAAUCUGAAAAUGUAAAGAAAAAUGAGUAUAUUUUAUUUGGAGGUUUUUGUGAAAUAGCUGUCAUUUAUGGGCGUAUUAUGAUUCAAGGUUACAAAAUUGAUAGUACAAAUUCUAGUAUUUCUGAGCCGUUUUUUAUAUCUUCAUUUAGAAAAUCUAGAGAACAGAUAACUAUUACCAAUAUAACUGAAAAACUUGAAAUUGAUGAUGGUAAAAAUCAAAAUACACUUUUAGAAUUAUUUCCCUACGACAAAGAAUGUAUCUAUAAACUUUGUAAAUCUAUAAAAAAUAAUAGUGCCGUUUUACAUCUCAAAAGAAAUGAAACACCUCUCUUAUUAAAACUUAAAGCUUUAUAUCCAAAUUAUUUGCAUGUACCAGGUUAUGCUAUUGAAACAAAAUUGUUUCGGGAUGCUGCAAUAUUAAAUAAACAAAGAUAUGUAAGAGAUAACUACUAUUUGUCAUAUGGUGUUCAAGCAAAACUUAAAGAAAUAAUACAGAAAUUGUCUAAUGUAAAAACUGGUAAAGUUAUCAAGAUUUUAACCUAUGGUUCAAGUGAAAAUGGAUUAUCAGCUUUGAAUAAAUAUAUUGCAAAUAGUUGUUUAAAUAUUAAAAAUUGCAAUGUUUACUGGGGAGAAUUAAAUGUUGAACAGCCUGAAUUUACACCACCAGGUGUUGUAUCAUUAACUCAUGUAACGGAACCAAUAUUAACUGAUUCUUAUUUGCACGUUAAUCCGAAUAUUGUAUAUUCAUUGUUUUAUGGAAAAAAUUAUAUUGAAAAUAUGGAUCCAAAAUACAUUACAGUUGUAUCAGCAUUAAUUUCGGAAUUUGUAAAAAUUACUAAUAAAGAUAAAUCGCUAUCUUAUCUGCUCAUCUUAAAUACGAUGCCAUUACGUGGAAGUGAAAAAAGAGAUUUUAUUACAACAAUUGUUAGUAUUUCAUCUCCUGAUGAUCUCUUUCUUUGUUGUCAGGGUAAACCUUUCAAAUAUAUACCAACAAAUUUUGAUUCAAAUAAAAUAAUUGUCGUUGAAGCUCCUAUAGAUGUAAAUGGUAAUAAAAGAACCGGUGGAAAUGAAUCAUACGAAAAUGAUAGAGGUGAACUAAAAAGAAUUCCUUUUUCAGCAUAUUUUGCUCGAUAUAUUACUAAUCUACCUAAGACUGCUUUUGCAUUAAAUCUCAUUCAAUGGCCAUUUUAUCAAAUUUGUUUUUCGCAAAUAAAACUUCACAUACAAGAUAAAUUUAUAACUUUUGAAAGUGAAACAUUCGAUGAUGCUUUAAAUGUGGUAUUAGUAGCUUUAUGUACGAUGACAGAAGUUAAUAAUGGAGGUUUUUAUACUCAUAAUCUCAAUGAUAAAGGAUCUCUACAACUAUUAAAUCCUAAUUUUAAAGGAUUUUAUAAAAGAAUUAAUCAUAGAAAAACAAAUCUUUUAUUUGUAGGAUAUGGUAUUAUUACAAAUAUAGAUAAAAAAAGAGAGUUAUUUGAUAUUUUUACACCAAUAUCAAGAGAAAAAUUACUUGAUGUUAAUGUUUUAGUUAAGCCUAAUUUUUUUAAUAUUCCAUCAGAGAUGCUGUUCCUUCAACAUGAUUGUGAAUAUAGUUAUUCAAAAGGUAAUUAUAAUGAUAAAGAAUGGUUUGCAUGGAAUAAAGAUCUCUCAAGAAUUGUUGAUAUCAAUGAUAAGACUGAUUAUCGUAACUACAAUGACAUUGACUACAAAAGAAUAAGAGAAUCAUAA